UGAGACACAGUCAGUAAUUUGUUUGCAAACCAAAACAAACCCACCAAACAUAAAUUGUUUUCUUUGCAUUUGCAAAUCUAAAUAGCAAAACAUUACACGAACAUUUCGUCGUACACAUAAAGUGCUUUCAUUGUUGUGAAUAAAGAGAAACGAAUCUCUUAGUUAAAUAAAAAUGAAGUCAAUUAUCUUAGCUACUUUGUUGAUGGGAUGCGCAUUUGCCGCUCCAUUACAAUCGAUAGCACCACGUCAAUCACGGCAAUCGGAAUUUCAACCAACUACCGAACCAAUUCCAAUUCUUCGUCAAGAGCAAGAAGUUAACUUUGAUGGAACAUACAAAUGGGCAUACGAAACAGGCAACGGUAUUAAAGCAGAAGAGCAAGGUUUCCUCAAAAAUGCCGGCGUUCCAGAUCAAGAAGCUCAGGUUGCCCAAGGAUCUUACAGCUACACUGCUCCCGAUGGACAAUUGAUUAGUGUCACUUAUAUUGCUGACGAGAAUGGUUUCCAACCACAAGGCGAUCAUCUUCCAACCCCACCACCAAUCCCAGAAGCGAUCCGAAAAGCUUUAGAGUACCUCGCCACAUUGCCAUCCACAGAAGAUCCAUACGCAGCUGGAACACAACAACCCGGCUUGCGUGGAUAAGAUGUAUUUUGAUUUAUCUAUCAGUGACUCAACAUCCAACACUAUUUCAAUAGAGAUAAAAACCACUUGAUACUCCUACAUUAUCGAAUGAAUAUCAAUUAAUGCAACGAUAAAAAAAAAUGUGUACACAACCAUUUUCGUCAUCAGCCAACUGUGAUUCACUGCAUUGACACGUCGAAAUUGUUGAGAGAAAUUAUUCAAAUUCAUACUCGAUUCGAACGCUCCAAACAACUUUUCGUCGAUUUUUUUUUGUUUAUUUUUUACCGAAUUCAUUCAAUCAACACAUUACGAUUUUUAAAAAAAAUUAAUGGCUUAACUCAUUUGUACAUUUUUCCUCUUUUUUU